AGUCAAUCAUUCAUAUAGCCGCGGAACCGAUUAUCACUCGAGUUUUUUUUCCCGGUGGGAAGACUUUCACCAGAACACUGACUUCCGCUCAGCUGGAGAAUUUAAAAUUUAGUAUUGUCUCGGGUGAAACUCGUCCUUCAGACAUGUCCACGCUGUUCCCCUCUCUGUUCCCGAGGAUGACAGAGUCUCUAUGGUUUAAUCUGGAUCGGCCGUGUGUGGAUGAAACAGAACUUCAGCAGCAGGAGCAGCAGCACCAAACUUGGUUACAGAACAUUGCAGAGAAGGACAGUAACCUGAUGCCUAUCGGCCGGCCAGUGUUUGAGACAUUUGAUGAGGAAGAAGAAGAGGAUGAUGAAGAUGAGGAGGACAGUGAGGAGGACUCGGAGGAGGAUGAGGACAUGCAGGACAUGGAUGACAUGAACAUUUAUAAUGAGUUUCCUGAUGAUGGCGAGAUAAACGAGGUGGAUAUGGAGGGAGCAGACCAGGACCAGGACCAGUGGAUGAUCUGAACCUCAUAUUUUGUUGCAGCAAAGCAGAGGAACACUUGCUUGUCUGCCUGUGCCGCAUUGUGUGUGUGUGUGGGGGGGAAGAAGAGAGUCAGUACUGACUUUUUAACGAGAAUCAGAUGCGACCGUUGGAUACUUUUCAAUAACACACCCAUCACGUGAACAGAGUGUCUUUAGUCUAUUACACUGUCACCUGGUGAAGGACAAGUGCUGGAGUGUGAGAACAAACUGGCAUGUGACAGUGAAACCAAAGUGCUUACAGAGGGUGGGGCUGUGUUGCUGAGUUCCAGCUUAGUGUUGGAUUGUAAUGUCUGUAGGUUUUACGUUUAUAUAUACCUAGUGUUUGUAAAUAAAAAUAUUAUUUUGAAUAUUUA